AUGAAUACACCGGGUAAUGAUUAUUACGCUUCCGAGAGCAAUGAAAGGAAGAAACACCAUCAUCCUAAAAAUCAUCCCAGUCGAAACAAUGGAAUAGGAGGUGAUCUUUGGACUGAUGGACUUAUUUGUGCUUUUGAAUAUGUUCAUGGCCAACCUAAAGCAGUUCAGCAAAGUUCUGGUGCAAAGAUCUGGUCUAAACAAUAUGCUUCAAAAGAUGCAUCUAGGAAGCAGAUUUACGCAUAUGAACCGGCAAAUUCUUUGACCGAAAGUGUUACUUCCAACAAUUUAGCUAAAUCUGCACCCUUAACAGAGUCCGCACUCACAGCUAAAGAUAAUGAAAAAAACUGUAGCAGGAAUCUCAAUCCUGGGGAAGAGGUCCCAAGAACUUAUUGGAAACCAAUUGGUUGGGACAGAGUUUCUGAACUAGUCCAGAUGCUGCAAGUUGACGAUGGAUAGGUCUCUCAGCCUAUUGAUCUAACAGAGAAUGAAGAUGAUGUCACUGUUGCAGAUCUAGCAGCUCCUUACUGGGAAAGGCCAGUUGGUCCGACUUGGUGGUGUCAUGUUGCUGCAGAUCACCCAUCUGUAAAUGCAUGGUUAAGUAAUGCUCACUGGCUGCAUCCUGCUAUUAGUAAUGCUUUGCUAGACGAAAGUAGGCUGAUAAGUGAGCGUAUGAAGCACCUACUUUAUGAGGUUCCUGUCAUAGUAGCUGGUGGACUGUUAUUUGAGCUCUUGGGACAGUCAGCUGGCGAUCCUUUAGCUGAUGAAGAUGACAUCCCAGUUGUUCUAAGAUCAUGGCAUGCACAAAACUUUUUAAUAACAUCAUUGCAUGUGAAAGGGUCUGCGUCGAACAUUAAUGUUUUAGGUAUUGCAGAAGUUCAGGAAAUGCUUAUUGCUGGAAGCACUAACAUUCCACGAACUAUCCAUGAGGUUAUUGCACAUCUCACUUGUCGCCUUGCAAGAUGGGAUGACAGGUUAUUUCGCAAAUCAGUAUUUGGUGAAGCAGAUGAAGUUGAGUUAAAGUUUAUGGACAGGAGAAAUCACGAGGAUCUGCAUCUUUUUACGAUAAUUAUGAACCAAGAAAUCAGAAGGUUGUCAACCCAGGUUAUAAGAGUGAAAUGGUCUCUCCAUGCACGAGAAGAGAUUGUGUUUGAGCUUCUUCAAUAUUUGAGAGGAAAUGCGACAAGGGCCUUACUGGAAGGGGUAAGAAAGAGCACAAGGGAAAUGAUUUCAGAGCAAGAAGCAGUCCGUGGUCGCUUAUUUACAAUUCAAGAUGUUAUGCAGAGCACAGUUCGCUCAUGGUUGCAGGAUAGAAGCCUCACAGUCACACAUAAUUUAGGAAUUUUUGGUGGCUGUGGGCUUAUUCUUUCCAUCAUCACUGGACUUUUUGGGAUCAAUGUGGAUGGAAUACCUGGAAAUGAAGCUUCCCCAUAUGCAUUUGUUCUAUUUUCUGGUAUCCUUUUCUUGCUAGGAGUAGCUUUGAUUGCCAUUGGUUUGCUCUAUCUUGGGCUGAAGAAACCAAUCGUUGAUGAGGAUGUUGAGGUGAGAAAGCUAGAGCUUCAAGAGCUGGUUAGUAUAUUCCAAAAAGAGGCAGAAUCUCAUGCACAGGUCCGUAAAAGUGUUGCUCGAGCUAUUAAGCCUCCUAAAACUGCAAGUAUUCUUCCAAAUGGUGAAGGUUAUGUCCUCAUUGGUUAAAUGCUGCCUUUACAAGAUACAAACCAUUAUCAAUGGAUUGACACUUCCUAUUACAAAAUGUCUACUUUCGUCUGCGCAUCAGUAGGUGCAGCUCAUAUGUUGGAAGGAACAUGGAACAUGACAUGAUAAUUGCAUAGGUCUUCGUUAUGUACAGAUUCUCGCAUAACAGUCAGUAGAUCCCAGCGCAUUAUGAAAGAUGCAUAUUUCAAAUUGUUGA